UUUGCCACCCACACGCCUGUGGCGCUCAUGAGCUUUUUGAUCUCUGCUUUUCCUACCAGGUGUAUUGCUGGAAUGGAGAGGUGCUGGAGGGAAUGGAGGAGCUAUCUUGCCGGCGUAUAUCUUCUUUGGUGGCGUUGUGCAAAUUAUUGCAGCAGUAGGGGAGUGGGUCAUUGGCAACACCUUUUCUUGCACGGACUUCACUUAUGGUACAUUCUGGCUCGUUCAUGGUUGUACGAUGAUACCAUGGUUUGGCGUCGGAGUCAAUUGCUCUCCAAUCGGUGACACUCUCGAAGGUCAAGCUACACCAGAGUUUUUGGCCACGACGGGGUUUUUCUUUGUCUUCUUGGGAUUGGUAUCCUUGAUCUAUUUGGUUGGCGCUCUACGCACAAAUCUUUGCUUUGUGACUGGACUUAUCAUCCUGGUACUUGAUGUCGGCUUUUUCACAGGGAUAUAUUUCAAUUUCGCGCUCGGACAUGUCAGCGCUGCGGCACAUUGCCAAAAGAUUCCGCUGGCGUGGCUGUUCUUAGCCGAGAUCCUUGAAGCCGUCGACUUUCCUUUUGCUAUACUUGUGGGAGAUCUGAGUCGAAGAGUCCCUGGCCACAGUCAAAGGCGCCGUCGUGGUAGGAAUGAAAAG